AUGUCGUCGAACCCGCAGCAUGUGGUGGACACGGAGGACGCGGCCGAGUUGAAUCUGGGCGUCGAUUUCCGCAACGAGACGUGUCUGUCGAACGCCGAGGUGGCCGUGAUCCUUGAGAAGCAAAAGUCCGACUACGAGACGCAAGAGAAGCAGCUCACCAAUGUCUUCCAGAAGACGUACUCGUACGUACAGCGAUUUAGCGGCACGAAAGACCCCGUAACCAAUCAAGCUUCAGUCACGGAACUCCGCGAAGCGUUGAUGUCGCUGGCUUUCCAGCGUGAAGAAGACGGCGAGACGGUCGAGUAUCGACUCGAGGAGUUUGAGAUCGCGUGUUUGUCGAAUCUGAACCCGGAAGAAGUCGAAGAAGCGGUGGCGCUGAUUCCGAGUCUGCACAAGCGGUUCGCAGAGGACGAAAUCGAAGAGAUUCUGGGCAUUGUAUCGCGUACUGCAGCGCGUAUGUUUGGCUAG